AUGGAUGUCAGCAUAUUUAUGGGUAUUGUCUGUUUAAUUGUCGUAUGUGGUAAUAUAUUCGUACUGUAUGCGUUAGUAUCACAACCAUCACUGCAUACUACAACGAAUUUUCUCGUCCUUUCUCUAACAAUUAGUGAUCUGCUACUUGGCACCGCUAUUAUUCCAUUCGCUAUCAUACAGGAGCAUAGCAAUGAUUGGCUUUUCGGUGAUCUUGGUUGUCGACUAUGGUUAGCAGCGGAUGUAUGGUUUUCAACAGCUUCAAUCUAUAACCUAUUGGCCAUAUCAUUCGAUAGGUAUAUGGCAGUGAAGCAGCCAAUACGGUACCCGAGUAUAUCAUCAAAAAAGUAAGU